UUCCAUUGCACUCCUCUCUCUCUCUCUCUCUCUCUCUCUCCAUUAAAUGCCAUCGACCCAAAUUCUCUUCUCUCUCUCACUGUGUGAAGCAAUGACAAAAUUAAUUUGAAUUCAAUGCCAGUUCAGUCCUCACUGUGUAUAUCUUACCCUUCCUGGUUCAGACACAUUUACCUGCAUUUUCACUCUCUCCCCUUUCUCUUUCCUAUCUCUCUCCCUGUCUCCAACCAACCCAUAACGUGGAAUCAGAUAUGAUGGCGUCUUGGAACUGGGUUUCUCAUCAAAUGCAGCUCUGAAACAAGUUCCAACUCCAGACUUCUCUUUCGAUUUCUUCAUCUAAGGGGUUGGUGCAUAGCCAUAGCUUUUGGAAUAUACCAGACCAGUUAUCUGGGUUCCGCUGAAAUUUGCUGUGAAGAUCAACUAGGGUACAAGAAAAGAUGAUGAUCAUGAGAAGGAGACUGGCUUGCUGUUCUCGGGACAGAGAGAUUAGCCUUGACUUUGAUGAACAAGAGAGAAUAAUGACAUAUAAUGGCCUAGAGAGUUGCAUUCUUAACAGUCGUUCUUACGAAAAUGAAAGCGGCACAAGCAGGGGAGAUGGGUGUGCAACUGACUCCUUCGAUGAAGAUGCCUCAAGCUGUUCUUCUAGCAAUAAUGCUUUUGGAUCAUUCUCUUCUCAUUGGACGAUGAUGAAGAGGGAUGAGCAGGGACUGGAUGAAUGGGAGGCCACAGAAAGCCCCCAACAUUUUUAUGUCAAAGAAAAACCUGUUUAUGGUGUUCAGUUUUCAGAUGUUGAAACAAUGAAAGAAAGAUUUGCAAAGUUGUUGUUGGGUGAAGAUAUUACAGGGGGAUGCAAGGGGCUCUCCACUGCAUUAGCAUUGUCUAAUGCAAUAACAAAUCUUGCAGCAUCAGUUUUUGGCGAGCUGUGGAAAUUGGAGCCGCUGCCAGAGGAUAGAAAGAGCAAAUGGCAAAGAGAAAUGGACUGGUUACUCUCCCCUACCAACUAUAUGGUUGAGUUGGUUCCAGCUAAGCAAAACGAUGCCAAUGGCCGGACCAUGGAGAUAAUGACUCCAAAAGUUCGUGCAGACAUCCGUAUAAAUCUUCCAGCGCUUCAGAAGUUGGACUCCAUGCUUAUUGAGACGCUAGAUUCAAUGGUUAGCACUGAGUUUUGGUAUGCAGAAGGAGGUAGCCGGGCUGAAGGAAGGAGCAGGAGCAGAAGGUGGUGGCUUCCUUUGCCCCAAGUACCAAUCCGUGGCCUCUCUGAAAUUGAAAAGAAAAAAUUGCUAAAUCAAGGUAGAGUAGUGCACCAAGUAUUCAAGGCUGCCAAAUCCAUCAAUGAAACUGUCUUGCUUGAAAUGCCUGUCCCAACCAUCAUCAAAGAUGCACUUCCCAAGUCGGGAAAGGUAAGUCUUGGUGAAGAACUGUACAGAAUCUUGAAUGUAGAAUCGAUAUCAUCUGAGGAAAUGCUCAACUCCCUCAACUUGAAAUCCGAGCACAAUGCCCUUGAAACAGCCAAUAGAUUGGAAGCAGCAGUAUUAGCAUGGAAAGAGAGAAUUGCAGAACAAACCAGUGGUAAAUCUCCAGCUCGAACAUCAUGGUCCUUCAUAAAGGAUCCAAUAUCUGAACUGGAUAAGAUGGAGUUUUUAUUGGACAAAGCGGAAGCUCUUAUACAGCAGCUGAAGACCAGAUAUCCUAACCUCGCUCAGACAUUUCUUCAUGUCGUGAAAAUCCAAUAUGGCAAGGAUGUUGGACAUUCAAUUCUAGAAGCAUAUUCUCGAGUUCUUCGAAACUUGGCAUUCAAAAUACUCUCGAGGAUUGGAGAUAUUUUGCAAGAAGAUGUUUUUAGCAACCCCAAUUCGCCCAUGCCAACCUGUAGCUUCCCCGGAAUAAAUCUCAUUAGGGACUCAGACUCUCCGGUGAUUGGUCAACGCAUAAGGCACUCCCUUAUUGACCAGAUGAACAAGGUGGACAGACAAUUUUGCGACCCUUGUGCAACAAAUGCUUCUGAUUUGGAGCCCUCGUGUGCUGAACCCAAAACCAGUUCGGUGACAGCAACGCCUAGCCGGAGCAGAGUAUGGUGCAUAGGCAGAGAGGCUUGCCGUGGUGCCUCUCCUCAAAAUUCCCCUUAAUAACAACAAAGGAUAUGGUUUUCAAGAGUGCUUUCUCUGUAAAUGAUAUCAUUACUAUAUGCUUGCUGAGAUUUAAGUUUUGUUUGGUUUGCUCAUGGUUACAAGGUAGUUUUGGUGAUGGUUUAAUUGCCAUUGUUUUAUUGUGUAAUGGCGAUAAUGAUCGGUAUUCUUGGAUCAAACACUGUAAUAGUAUGUUGUGACCUUAUUUUGCCGAAGGUAGAUAACAUGAUAUUGGAGGGUACGGUAAUCCUCACUACCAUAAUGUGAAAUUUCUCAUUUGCCAAUUAUAUAUACCAUCAUGUUAUGUUA